AGAUAAGGACUUGCUGUGGCUCUUUAAAAGGCGUGGUGACGGCCGAAUGGACUACAGAAUGGUAUGUAGCUGACAAGCCAAUACACAACAUCCUGGAGAGGAGGUUUGAUCUGAGUUUGGAUUUGGAUCCAGGAAGAAUAGAACAAUCCGCUAGACAGUUUGAAAAUGGCCACAGAUGAGCUCACGUCCAAGCUCAGUCGUCGGCUGCAGAUAGAAGACGGAACCGAGGAGCCUGUUGCUGUUGACGUCCCCGAACAGCAGAACGGGUCGGAGGACAAAGCGAGUACGGCCAACGCAGAUUCGGAGCUGGGAGCUAAGCUGCUGCGGCGAGGAGAGCUGAACGAGGGGCAUGGAGAGCACGUCCAGCCCAGCAUGAAGGUCUUCAACCCCUACACCGAGUUCAAGGAGUUCUCCCGGAAGCAGAUCAAAGACAUGGAGAGGAUGUUCAAAACGUAUGAUGCUGGGAAAGACAACUACAUUGACUUAAUGGAGCUGAAACUGAUGAUGGAGAAACUUGGAGCUCCACAGACACAUCUUGGCUUGAAGAAUAUGAUCAAGGAGGUGGAUGAAGACCUGGACAACAAGCUCAGCUUCAGAGAGUUCCUGCUGAUCUUCAGGAAAGCAGCAGCAGGAGAGCUUGCAGAGGACAGUGGUCUUAGUGUCCUUGCACGUCUCUCAGAAAUUGAUGUCUCCUCAGAAGGGGUUAAAGGAGCCAAGACAUUUUUUGAAGCUAAGGUUCAGGCUAUCAAUGAGUCCAACCGGUUUGAGGCAGAGAUCCGCCAGGAGCAGGAGGAGAAGAAGAAGCAGGUUGAAGAGCAGAAACAAAGAAGAGCUGCUUUCAAAGAACUGCAGUCAGCUUUCAAGUAACUGCUACUGAUGACCCUUCACUGUGUGCUGUACUAAUGCUGUGUACGAAUCAGUGUGUAUGUCAGAUCUACUCUAAGUGCUGUUCAAGGAGGUCAGACAACAGAGCAGUCUGAGCUACAUGAAUGAAUGAUUCUUAUAACAUCUGUCAUCCAUCCCUGCCAGCAUUUCAUACAUUAUCUCCUAGAACUCAGCAAUGAAGUCAAGCCAAUUUAUUUAAAUAGUCUACAUCACAAAUUUGCCUCAGAGGCAUUGCAGUCUUCACAGCUUAUUACUCCUCUACCUUUACAUGCUCAAAUCAGAUAUGGAAAAAUUCCACAAAGAAAAGUGCUUUUAUAGGAAAAAAUGGACCAAACUUCAGGAAGAGAAACAGAGGAGGGAUCCUUCUUCCAGGAUUAAUGGACUUGCAGUAUAUGGCAAGUGUACAGGAUAGAACAAAAUCAGAAAGCUACUGGACCAUUGACAAUCAAGAUUAUAAGGUUAAAAAGAUAAUAAGUAAAAUGGUUUCAUUCCUGAUAGAAGCGUACCCAAAACUAUGCAAGUAAGGCUUUCACUUUGUUGUGUUUUUUUGUUUGUUUUUUUAAGAAAUCUUCCUACUGUGUGCACUCUGACCUGGAUUAAUGCGAAGGUUGUCUAAUGUUCCAUUAUAGCAGUUACACCAGUUCCACAUAUUGUGUAUCAAAGCUUACACUACUGUGUACAGUGUGUCAGUCCACUGUAGUCAGCCACAGGUCGUAAAGCUGGGGAUGUUCCUACUGUGGUUCCUCUCAUAUCAAAUACUAUGUUCAUGUCUUCUCAAAAGACAUGAAGUACUUCUGCUUACCAUGGUUAUGAAAUGUAUUGAAACCAGCGUUGAAUGACUGAGCUUACGUCCUGUGGUGGUCUUUACUUGUUUUGAAAUCAAGCUUGUUGAGCUUGUAUAUUGUAAUCGGAUAAAUGUUUUAGCUAAGAUUUACGCAACUGCACUUACUUGGUGAUUUGAAACAAGUUUCUUAGUCAAGGUAGAGUUAUUGUUGGGUUUCAGUAUUAACUUUAUUUGAUUUCAGUUAUAUUCCUCUCUUUGAAAUUUACAGUGUUAAUGUGAUGAUCGUUUGGUGGAUUGUUAAAAUUAUAACUAUUCCAAAAUAACUUAGGUGAAUCGCUUCCUCUGGAAUGUGGCAAUCUAUAAAGUUCCUGCCUCUUUCUCCACCCAGCCUCCCCUACCUGCUGCAGCUCUAGGCCACGAGCUCACCUACGAAAUACUUAAAUACUGUAAAGCUACUCUGCGCUUUACACGCUCACGUACACUGUCAUUUCUUUUCUGUAUGAAAAAUACCUUUUAAAGAUGAGGAGGUUCUUUAAACUUUCCGUAAAUUGUGACCCUUCCGCUGAAUUCUUCCAGCCAUUCAUUCCCAAAUGUCCCUUUAAUGCCAUCAAUAUAGUGCCAAUUUCUUACUACUUUUUUACUGAUGUCAUUAUGCUCAGUGUAGUGGAACUCUUCUUUGGUCUACAGCAAAAAAUAUAUAUAUAAAUGAAAAUAAUAUUGACAAUGAUAAUGAUGUAAUUUGUACACAGUUAAUUAGAAAACUAUUGGCUGGUGUCAGCUUUUGAUUGCCAUUGUUUUGAUGCUUUAACAUUCCAUCGUACUAUUCUCAUUAAUAUUCACGGCUAGUCCAUCAGUGGCAUGGAUGUACUUUUUGACAGAGUUCUCACGAGAUGUAACCUCUCAGUCCAAGAAUCCCUAUGAAAGAUAAGGACUCAACUUUCAAUUGACACUCCCUGAUUGCUUUUAGUUUUUUUUUUUUGUUUUUUUUUUUUUUGUAGUGCCCCGUUGCAUCUAUACAUUUUAAAACUCUGUGAACUGUAUUAAUUCUAAGAAUUUCCAUAUUUAAACUGGGAGGAAAUGUGAGGCAUCUGGGCUGAAAACGAACAAGGGCUGUGGUUUGAUUUAAUUUUCUUCUUCCUUCUUUGGUUUGUGUUCAACUGAAUUGUAUGUGAUAAAUGAGAAACUCACUGAUCUAACUUUAUAACGAUUUUCAAUAAAAAGCAUCAUUUUGUCACAAAAAAAUCAA